UAGAGAACGUGAUUUGCGCAUGCGCUGCAGCGAGUUACCGCCGACCGAGUGAAUUGUUCGUUACAUAUACCUGGCGCUCCCGGAAUAACCGGCCCUUCCGGCUUCCGUACGUCGGCGGCAGCAGCGGAGCCCUCAGAGAGCCCCGAUUUACAGGGCGUCGGGAAUCAACUCCGGACCGAGGCCUAAAGGAACCCCAGCAGGGCCCCUUGCACUGGACGGGGGCCACCAGAGUUCUACUGCUGCUCCCCAGGUCUCCCCUGUACUGCUGAUGGGCCCCGGCACUUCUUGUGCUGAGGACAUUGGAGGGGCCCCUGGUGUAUAAGUGUGACUGGAGCUCUCGGUGUGGUCCAGGGGCCCCUUGUUACAUCGGCUGCUUGUAGGGCCCCGACCUGUGGACUGUUCUGUUUAUGGGCCCCUGCCUUCACCUGACCUUGGACUUCCAUGACUGACAUGGCAGCUGCAGCCGCUGAACCCGUGGGGGGCACCAGCCCAGGAGCACCCACCAUGAAGAGGAGCACCCAGUCUGAGGGCAGCAUUGGGUUGCCCGGUUCUUCGGCUCAGGCGGGAGCGCUCACCAUGAAGAAGAUUGGGCACAGAGGUGUGGACUCUACAGGGGAGACCACGUAUAAGAAGACCACAUCGUCCGCUCUUAAAGGUGCCAUACAGCUGGGGAUCACCCACACGGUGGGCAGCCUCAGCACCAAGCCUGAGAGAGAUGUCCUCAUGCAGGAUUUCUAUGUGGUCGAGAGCAUAUUCUUCCCUGGCGAGGGCAGCAACCUGACGCCCGCCCAUCAUUACCACGACUUCCGCUUCAAGACCUACGCCCCGGUGGCUUUCCGUUACUUCAGGGAGCUUUUCGGCAUUCGGCCGGAUGAUUAUCUGUACUCGCUCUGUAACGAGCCCCUCAUUGAGCUGUUUAAUUCUGGGGCCAGCGGGUCGCUCUUCUACGUGUCCGGAGACGACGAGUUCAUCAUCAAGACGGUUCAGCACAAGGAGGCCGAGUUCCUGCAGAAGUUGCUGCCUGGAUACUACAUGAACCUGAACCAGAACCCCCGCACCCUGCUGCCCAAGUUCUACGGACUGUACUGCGUCCAAGCCGGGGGCAAGAACAUCCGCAUCGUGGUGAUGAAUAAUCUGCUCCCCCGCUCCGUGAAGAUGCACCUGAAGUACGACCUGAAGGGCUCCACCUACAAGAGGCGCGCCUCCCCCAAGGAGCGGGAGAAGAGCUUCCCCACCUACAAGGACCUGGACUUCAUGCAGGACAUGCCUGACGGACUCUUCCUGGACCUCGACAUGUUCAGCGCCCUGUGCAAGACCAUCCAGAGGGACUGUCUGGUUCUGCAGAGCUUCAAGAUCAUGGACUACAGCUUACUGGUGGGCAUCCACAAUAUGGACCACGCACAGAGGGAGCAUACCGUGGUGGACGGCCAGACGCAGGCCGAUACGCGGAAACCGGCUGCACAGAAGGCACUCUACUCCACCGCUAUGGAAUCCAUCCAGGGCGAGGCUCGGCGAGGGGGCCCCAUAGAGACGGACGAUCAGAUGGGCGGUAUUCCAGCUCGUAAUGCGAGAGGAGAGCGCCUGCUGCUGUACAUCGGGGUCAUCGACGUCCUGCAGUCCUACAGGUUCAUUAAGAAGCUGGAGCACUCCUGGAAGGCGCUCGUCCACGAUGGGGACACGGUCUCGGUUCACAGGCCAGGCUUCUACGCCGAACGUUUCCAGCGCUUCAUGUGUAACACAGUGUUCAAGAAAGUGCCACUCAAAGCCUCGCCCUCCAAGAAGAGCCGGAUCAUGCCCGGCAUCACCCGCAGGGCCACCCAGCCUGCGGUGCCCUCUCAGCUACAGCUGACAGGAGAAAGCAAGCAGUACCUGAGCCCAGAGGGCGAUCAGGAAGGUCCCUAUGGACGACCUGACGUGCUGCCCCGCACCCCUCCCGUAGAUGAAGCUGCCAGUGACUCCCUCGCCACCACUCUUUCCACAUCGUCUUUAGGCAGUGGAGGGUUAAACUCCCCGGCACACAGGGCGGUCGGUGUAGAAGUCCACAAAUCGGAGACGACCGAGAACGAGGCGAGCACAAGAGAGAGGACGGCUGACUCUGGCGCACACCCCGCAGAGGAGGAGGAGGAGGAGGAGGAGGAGGAAGAGGAGGCGCUGGAUGCCAGUCAGAUUGAGACAGAGAUCUGUUUUUGAUGGGACUUGGAGAGAGCGUCCAGGACACUGUAUUAUUGGACAUUGGGGGGCCUGGAGCCCCCGGUGAAUGUUACAAGUGGGGGGCCCCCCCCCCCUCACACCGCCUUAUGUGCAGUCUCCCCGACUUC